AUGACUACUUCUGCGGUGCCCAAGUACAUCGGCCUUAGUGGCAAGCCUCUGGGGGUCGCCAUCUCGACCAUCCUAACAUUCGGCUUUGUCCUCGUCGGUUAUGAUCAAGGUGUCAUGUCUGGUGUAAUUUCCACCCCGUUGUGGCUCAGCACCUUUCCCCAGGCUGCAAAAGAUGCCACCUUGCUUGGAUUCGUUGUCGCUAUCUAUGACCUUGGAUGCUUGCUAGGUGCUCUGACUUGCAUGGUCUUUGGCGACAAACUAGGUCGCAAGCGUGCCUGCUUCCUCGGGGGCUCUUGUGUCGUCAUCGGUGUCAUCAUUCAAGUCACCUCGCUCCCUGGAAACGAUGUUCAAGGUACUCUUGCUCAGUUUAUGAUUGGUAGAACAAUCACUGGCAUGGGUAAUGGCAUCAAUAUGGCCUCUAUGCCCGUUCUCCAAGCCGAGCUCUCUCAUUCUGGUCGAGGCACACUUGUAUGUCUCGAGUGCGGUCUAAUUGCAACUGGAACAAUGCUGUCCUACUGGCUGAACUACGGCGUGCGCAACUACCAUUCAUCGAUGACGUGGCGGUUUCCUAUUGCCUUCCAAAUUGCCUUGGCACUUAUCUACAUGGCUGGUGUCGUGUUCUUGCCUGAGUCUCCGCGAUGGCUUUGCAGAAUGGAUCGCAUCGAGGAUGCAUCUCGAGUCAUGGCUGCAGUCAAUGGAGAGACACCGGACUCGAAACGCACUCGUGAUGAUAUCCGAGCCAUCAUUGACUCUAUCAAUCUUGAAGAGGCCCUUGGAGCUCAGUUCAAGAUUGGUGAUUUGACGACUGGAGGACCGUCGCAACACUGGCGCCGUAUUUUGCUCGGCGUUACCUCCCAGUUCUUCCAGCAAAUUGGCGGCUGCAAUGCUGUCAUUUACUAUUUGCCUAUUCUGUUUACUAGCUCUUUGGGACAGACACAACAGGAAAGUCUGCUUCUUGGCGGCAUCAACAUGAUCGUCUACGCCGUCUUCUCCCUUCUUUCAUUCUUUACGGUUGAAAGAGUGGGUCGCCGCAAGCUUUUCCUUAUCGGCUCUGGUGGACAGUGUCUUGCAAUGGUUAUCACCUUCGCUUGUCUCAUCCCAAAGUCAAAAUCGGCUGCAAAUGGUGCCGCCUUCGGUCUAUUCUUAUAUAUUGCGGUUUUUGGUGCCACAUAUUUGACCGUUCCCUGGCUCUGGGCCGCAGAGAUCAAUCCGCUCCGGAUUCGUGCCAAAGGAGCUGCCUUGGCCAACAUCGUGAACUGGAGUAUCAACUUCCUCGUAGUAAUGGUCACUCCAAUCAUGAUCGCUCAUAUCGGCUGGGGAACCUAUCUUUUCUUCGCUGCUGUUAACUUCUGCUUCCUACCGUGCAUUUACUUCUUUUACCCCGAAGUCGCGGGCCGCAGCCUUGAGGAGAUUGAUCUCAUAUUUGCCAAGGGCUAUCUUGAGAAAAUAUCCUAUGUCAAGGCUGCCAAAGAGCUUCCCAAGCUCAGUGUUGAGGACAUGGAACGUCUUGCCGUGGAGUACGGACUCACUGAUGAGAUCUCGCUAACAAAAAAACUUGAUUUGCCUAUGGUCGAAAAGCAGGGUGCUACAGAGCACAUUGAAAGCCAGUCUAGCUCAACCUGA